CCAAAUCAAUAACCUACAUUAAAACCGAAGAGUAUUUUUGAAUGCUUGUAACACAGAUGACGCUUCGUUGAUUAUAAAUGCGUGAUUUGUAAGAAGGUCUCUAUCAGAUAACGAGGUUGUAAAGUGUAUCUCCAAGUACAAUACAUUUGAAUGAAAAUAGUUUAACAACAGCGGAUAAACAACACAAAGGAUGUCUGAAGACGACAAAGUGGCAUGUGACUCUUGUGAAUAUCGGGGUAUUGCCUCCUUGGCAGUUAAAUUCUGCAGAUCGUGUCAGGAACAUUUGUGUAAAGAUUGUAUCGACCUUCAUAAAUCGUUCAAACUGACAAGAGGGCAUUUAUUAGCAGACAUCGGAGACAAACAUACUCUUCUUUUGUGUAGUGGGAUAGAAAACCUUCGUAUGUGUCAACUACAUCCAAAUAAACCGCUCGAGUUCUACUGUUGGGUACACGAACAACUUUUGUGUAGUUUGUGUAUCAUAAAAGCAGAACAACACAUAAAAUGUAACAAAACAAUAGUUGAUAUUGAUAGUGUAGGGAAAUCUUUGACAAGUUGUCACCUACCUGAGAUGGCUAAAUUUGAAUUUCAAAAGUCAAUAUCUCGUGCUAGAGAUACUGUUCAGGAAAUGAAGGAAAUAGAAAAUGAGUCAACAAUGAAAACAGAGGGUCUCAAAGCAGACAUUAAACAACUCCGUGCUAAAAUCAUUAAGACGUUUGACGAAAAGACCAAAGGAAUAAUAAAAAAGGCUGAUAAAAUCAACACUGGCAUUAAUGAAAAAUAUUCAAAAUCCACUGAAAAGCUCGAAAAUAUUAUAAAGACAGCAGAAACAAAUAAGUCAUUACUGGAAUCAGUUCUCGAAUCUGGUACACCAGAUGAUGUUUUUAGAUGUUCAGUAAGAAUGCUUGAACUUAUUGGAGAGUUCAAGCUUGAAACUGAAAAGGAAAUAGAGGAGGAAUACAUUAAACAAGAAUUCGACAUUUUGAAAUCCGAUCUGUUUGAAAUGUUAGAGAAAUUUGACAAACCAUUAGUUCAGUUUCAAGUUAAAGAAACGAAAAUCAAACGAUCCUUAAUUGAUCACAAAGAGCAGCCCUAUGAAGUUAUGAAAAACCAGUUAAUCUCUCUUUGUUCAAUAGAAGACAAACGUGAUGCAUUACAAAAAGAUAAUGUGGAACAAGAAGAUGUUAAUGAAAUGGCAAACAGCCAUACAAUUGAAACAGCUCAAACACAAUUAGAGAAAAUCAGCAAUUCAAGCGAUGCAAUGGAGAUUGACAAACCCAUUCAUGAAGAACAUGAAAAUACAGCAACUGUGAAAAAAGAUAAAGAAUAUGUAGAACUGACAGAAUACGACAUUUCAUUGGAACACAAGAGUUCUUUCCCAUUUCGUCGUCUGACGAAAAAGAAUCGUGGUUUGGCGGCAUAGU